UUUAAAGUCGCUCAGCUUAAUUUCUCAUAAUUAAAUACCGAAUCAAGUGCCUGCUAAUUGUUACAUUUUCUACAAUUUUGACUUCUAUCAAUGACUUUGCAGAAAAAAACAUUUAUCAGGUCGUGAGUGGCAAUAAUUUAAAAUUACAUUUAAUAAAAAUAAUAUGAUGACGGGACAUUAUUGUUUUAAUUAAUAUUUUAUAUCACUAUCAUGCGUAAUAAUUCGUAACUGUCCCGAGUUUGCGCUUGCGCGAACAAUCACUCAAACGUAUAUAAUUGCUUAUUAUGCCGGUUGCUGGAUCAUUUGAAUCAACGAACCUACUGAAUCUAAGCUCAGGUGAAUUUUAAUAAUAAUCAACAUGGUGAUUUUAUAUUCGACCGAUUUGAGCCCACCAUGCAGGGCAGUUUUGAUGGCAGCAAGAGUCAUCAAUCUUAAUUUGGAUGUUCGUGAAACGAGCUUGUUGAAGAACGAGCAUAAAACGGAACAAUUUCUCAAGUUAAAUCCUCAGCAUACAAUUCCUACCAUAGAUGAUGAUGGAUUCAUUCUUUGGGACAGUCACGCAAUUAUACGUUACUUAGUAAGUAAAUACGCUAAAGACGAUUUUCUCUAUCCCAAAGACCUUCAAAAGCGAGCAAUUAUUGACCAGCGUUUGCAUUUCGAAGGUGAAUUGCUUUUCGUUCGUCUACGAAAUAUUGUUCGGCCAAUAUUUUACAAACAAACAAAUAAAUUCAAUGAAGAACUUGUUAAUCUCGUGCAUGAAGCUUGUGAAAUGUUAGAUAAAUUUCUCGAGGGUAAAAAGUGGCUCGCAGGAGAUAACUUCACCCUUGCAGACAUCAGUUGUGUGUCAACUGUCAGCUCUUAUCCAGUGUUAUUAUCGCUCGAUAAAUACAAAAAUAUUGUUGCCUGGUUGAAUAAGUGCGAAAACGAAAUUCCUGGCUACGCUGAAAUUAACGUUCCUGGCGUAACUAAAUUCUUCAAAAUAAUGAAAUCUUUAACAAGUAGCUAAAUCAGAAAUAUGAGAAAACUUUUUUUUCUGUUAUCAAAGUAGGGUAUAAGACCCAGUUUUAUACAGGUUAUUAUAUUUAGUAAUUUAGUAGAGUUAAUUUUUUUUUAAUUAAAAUAAAAUCACAAGUGUCAAACAAAUAGGCCGGUGUCAGUAAAUGGGUCUACUACCUUACUGAAUAUUUUUAUUAUUUGUUAGCAACUUUAACUGGGAUUGUAAAGAAAUAUUUUCAUAGUUAAUCUAAUAAAAUGUUAUAUCUUCAUUUCUUUAUCAACACCUGUCAUAUUUAUUUUUUAUAACUG